AAUCCCUGCCGACGUCACAGCCAGUCCUUUAUAAAUAGGCUGAGCAGAGACUCCGGUCAGACUCAAGCGAAAGCGCUUUUUCGGCAACAACAAAUCUUCAAACCAAGGAUUAUUGGAUUGCCUUCGUUGGACUUAAUUGCCAUCACAUCAGUCCUCGACGGAAGCACGAUGACUUUGAACAAGGGUGACAAGUUGCGUAACAUGGACAAGAGGAGAGGGAGCGUGCCGUUCCCCAUGAACCUGCCCAACCUGCACCGGAGAUCCAUGCCCGUGGACGACCGGGACCUGCGCACCACCGUCCCGCAGACGGGACAGACCGACGAGCUGUCCAACCUCCUGCGCUGCACGUCCUACUCCCCCAAAGAGCAGCACCGAGGCAGCUGCGCCUCGGACUCCUCCGACUCCGUGAUCUCCACCAGCAGCGAAGCCGAGUCUCAGGUGUACAAGGUGGUCCUGCUCGGCGAGCACGGGGUCGGCAAGUCCAGCCUGGCGCGCGUCUUCGGAGGAGUCGAGGAUGCUGGUCACGACUGCGAUGAAGCAGGAAACACUUAUGACAGAUGCAUCCUGGUGGAUGAAGAAGAGGCAUCGAUUGUGUUGUACGACAUUUGGGAGCAGGAUAACAGUCAGUGGCUGAAGGAGCAGUGCAUGAUAAUGGGAGACGCCUACAUCAUUGUGUACUCAGUGACAGACAAAUCCAGCUUCGAGAAGGCGUCAGAGCUGCGCAUUCAGCUGCGUCGCGCCAGACAGUCGGAGAACAUUCCCAUAAUCCUUGUGGGCAAUAAGAGUGACCUGGUGCGGUCCAGAGAGGUGUCUGUAGAUGAGGGAAGCGCCUGCGCCGUGGUCUUCGACUGCAAGUUCAUCGAGACGUCCGCCUCGCUCCACCACAACGUGCAGGACCUGUUUGAGGGCAUCGUCCGACAGAUCCGCCUGAGGAAGGACAGCAAGGAGGAGAACGCGCGGCGCAUGGCCAACUGCCGGCGCCGGGAGAGCAUCGGCAAGAAGGCCAAGCGCUUCCUGGGCCGCAUGGUCGCGCGCAAGAACAAGAAGAUGGCCUUCAGGCAGAAGUCCAAGUCCUGCCACGACCUCACCGUGCUCUGAGGCACAGACGGGCGGACGGACGGACGGACGGACAUUUUUUCUUUGGCCUCUGAAGACCAGAUGCUGUGUGUGUUUUAACACUAACCCUAACGGACUGAUAGAUAUCUACAGAAAUAUAUUUUUAUUUUUUAGACACCAAGAGAGGACUUCAUGAAUUCAAAGAAAUGACUGACAGUAUUCAAGUCAUAUCAUGAUGAUUGUGAUAACCUGCAUGUUGCAUCUACUUUGUUUUUCGUCUGCCUUAAACAUUUUGCUGCCGUGACAUGAUCACUAUGUACCAACGAUGCACCAAAGGCUUGUUAAGUUGCUAAGGUUGCCUCGCUGUCGGGUUGUUGUUGCUCCUACGCUGGAGGAGGUUGAUGUAUAUACUGUGCCAUGAAUGAUGCUAAUAUACAUACAUCUCAUUAUGGUCAGAAACUGCUAAAGGUUCCCAGUACUCAGUCACCUGGAGUCAUAUUUACUGGAAGCGAGAUGCGCAGGUUCGUGCCUCGGCCAAGUUACUGAAGACGCGUCGGAAACCAGACAGAUGUCUGUUGUUCUCUGUUGUUCCAUGACAUUGAGUUCAGGGUGUGAAUGUUUGGUUAAGCAAUAAGUUAUAUUGGUCUUGUGAACCUGGACAUUAUUUGGAAACUCUUUGUUUACAUUGAUCUUUUUCCUGUUUUUAAUAAAACAUAAAACCAAGUGAAA